CCCUGAUAACCAACACACCUCUCUCCCUCUCUCUCUCUCAAUCUCUCUCCCUCCCUCAACAUCUCUCGCAAGAAACCAACUCCUUAAAUGGCUCAAGUAAAAAACAUAAUAGCUUUCAUCUUAGUUCUUUCUAUAUUCAUAAUCAUGCAUGAGAAAGCCGAAUCAACACCCCAACCACCCUCCAUUGCUUGUAAAUCAAGUCUCUACCCUAGACUCUGCCGCUCACUCCUCUCCGCGUUUCGCUUCUCCCCCACCAACCCUUCCAGCUACGGCAAAUUCUCCGUCAAACAAAGCCUCAAACAAGCUCAAAGACUCACCAAAACCAUCCACCGCUACUUGAAAAAAUCCAAAACAAAAAUUACCCUAGAAGAAACAAACGCCCUACGAGAUUGCGAACAGCUCUUUGACCUAACCGAGGGAUACUUGGAAAUGAUCACCCUAGAGCUGAAGACGGCCCCGGCCAUGACCGACGGACUCAUCGGAAAGAUCGAGACGUUGUUGAGCGGCGUGGUGACGAAUCAGGACACUUGCUACGAUGGUCUUGUGGAGAGUGGUAGUAGCUUGGCUGCCCUGUUAAAAGUUCCGCUCUCUAAUGCAACUGUUUUGUAUAGUGUUUCAUUAGGUUUGGUGACGCAUGCUAUUGCGCGUGAUCGGAAGCGUGGCCCUAGAAAGGGUAAGGUUUUCGGAAGAGAUGCUCUCCCGGCGAUCUUUAGUUCGUCCAAGUUGAACAAGGCUUUACAUGACUAUGCAAGAGGAGCUCAAAAGGCCGAAAGAAACCUCGCCGACGAUGACGACAGAGAUAACAGCGGCGGCAUUGCGGUUAACAACGUGGUGAUAGUAAGCCAGCAUGGAGGCAGCAACUUCACGAGCAUCGGCCAAGCGAUCGAGUUCGCACCUCUUAACUCUAAAGUCGAAGAUGGCUACUUCAUUAUCUAUGCAAUGGAAGGAAUUUACGAAGAAUAUAUCACCAUUCCUAAGCAUAAGAAAAAUAUAAUGUUACUCGGGGUCGGAAUUAACCGCACCGUCAUCACCGGAAACCAUAGCUAUGUUGAUGGUUGGUCUACCUUCAAUUCCGCCACCUUCAUUGUCUCCGGGGAACGAUUUGUCGCGAUAGACGUAACAUUCAAGAACACAGCAGGACCUGAGAAGCACCAAGCAGUAGCGGUGAGGAACAACGCCGACCUUUCCACAUUUUAUCGGUGUAGUUUCGAAGGUUAUCAAGACACACUAUACGUGCAUUCCCUCAGACAAUUCUACCGUGAAUGCGACAUUUACGGGACCGUAGAUUUCAUAUUCGGCAACUCAGCUUCCGUAUUCCAAAACUGCAACAUAUACGUCCGCAAACCAAUGGCUAACCAAAAGACCGCCAUCACGGCUCAAGGCCGAACUGACCCGAAUCAGAAGACAGGCAUUUCAAUCCACAAUUGCACCAUCCAAGCUGCUCCGGACUUGGCAUUAGACGUAAAUGGCACGACCAAGAAUUAUCUUGGUCGGCCCUGGAAACAAUAUUCCAGAACCGUGUUCAUGCAAUCGUUUAUCGGGGACCUGAUCACUCCCAACGGAUGGUUGGAGUGGAAUGGCACGGUGGGAUUGGACACAUUGUAUUACGGCGAGUAUCGGAAUUAUGGACCGGGAGCUAACACUAGUAGCAGAGUUCAGUGGCCUGGUUAUGGACAAUUGAAUGCUAGUCAAGCCUGGAAUUUCACUGUAUUUAAUCUCACCCUGGGGGAUACUUGGUUGCCUUAUACUACUAUUCCAUUUGUGGAAGGAUUGUUGAGCGAUGACAAUUAGGAUAUGUUUCAUGUUCAAUGUAGCGUUAAGCUAGUUAGUAUUUUGUUGCUCUUUUUGUUUUUGUGUUUAAUCAAAUUUUUUGGAUCAUGAAUUUUGCUUCUGUUUUGCUUGAACAAACAAUUGCGUAGUAGAAAUACGUUAAGCUGUGUUUAAGGA